UCCUGCUGUGUUUUUCCUCCAUCUCUCGCCCCCUCACUCGGUCUCGGUAUUAAUAGGCUGGAUCCUGCCGGAACCAGAGGACAUGCGCGUUGCAGGAGGAGAGGAAGCGUUUGCGCGGCGUCCCAGCGAAAAGAGAUGUUUAGUGUCGACUCCGUGAUCACUUAACUGUGCUGCCAAACUCGUUUUCCCGCUCGCUUGUUUUUCUAGAGAGGCGUCAGGAGCCGUUUUCCUCUCUCUCGGUUUAGGUUCUGAUUAAUUAUUCAACUCUUUGCCGCAUCUGGGGCUGUUGCUUUCCUACAGAGAAAGAGUGUUAACAUUUCGGGGAUUUUCUGGAAAUUGAUUGCUCCCCGCCGCCACCCUGAAGUUCAUCGUUGUCAUCUUGGCCGCCGGGAUGGUGGCCUUCAUCGGAGCGGUUAUCUGCAUCAUCGCGGCUGUCCACACCGGGUCCACCAAGGCUGCCGCGGCGCAGCGGCAGCCCGCGGCCGAUAACCACUCGCUGUAUCCGGACGCGGUCGCGCAGACUCCCGCUGCCGCGAGGGGCUCCGUGGCCCGGCCCGGAUCCCUGGGAGCUCUCCACGGUUCUGAAACGCCCGAAUCCGAAGCGCCCACCUUCAACGUCGGGCUUGGCGGGAUGGACGGGGUCAGCGGACUCACGGGACACGACCCCGCGGUGAGUCGGCUCAUCUGCACCCCGCUCCCCGCCGGAGGAUGCAACCCCAGGAACUUUCAGCAGCAAGCGGACGACCCGUCGCUGUACGCCGGUGAAGACUGGGGCUACCUCCGGACCACGGCGGAGGAGCUCCGGCAGACGGUUCUGCAGCAGAAGGACCAGAUUUUAACCGACCAGAGGACCAUCAGGGAGCUGUCGGGGAAGCUGACCGAGUGCGAGAAGGGGCUCGGGGGAAGGAGCGGCAGCCCGGACAGACGCGGGAACGCCGCCGCGCUGAGAGGCGACAAGGGAGCGGAGGGGGAGAUCCACUUGGAGCGGAUGAUGGUGCGGGACAGCCCGGAUUCUGCGCCCGACGGGGUCCAUCUGCUCACGGUUGGAACUGUGGAUGAGCUCGAACAGGCGAUCACCCAACUCAAAGACCGCAUAGACAGACUGGAGACAGACAUCGGUCCGUUUUCUCACAACCGUACGGACAGCAAAUCCUUGGACGUGUCAGAGGAGGGCGACCCAGAGAGGUCAGCCGGUCCGGGCCGCGGUGCUGGUCCGGACCGGCCCUGGGGGGUGGAGGACCUGGAAGAGGAGCUGGAGAGGAAGGUGGAGCUGCUGGAGAAGGAGAGGAAAGCCCUGAGGCUGGAGGCAGCGAAACACAGACAGGAUAUUGACCAGGGCAUCAGCAAACUACAACACCGCGUUUCAGGCCUGGAGGAAGGCGCUGCAGGGCUUUCGUUCCCGGAGGGGUUCAGGUUGUCCUUCCCGGCUCGGACCAACUACAUGUUCGCCAUGAUGAGACACGCCGUCCCCAAACUGCGGGCCUUCACCGCCUGCCUGUGGCUGCGGCCCGCCGCGGCGGGCGUGGGGACGCCCCUGUCUUACGCUGUCGCUGAGCAACCGAACGAGUUGGUGCUCCUGCAAGACCGGAGCGCUCCGGCUGAGCUGCUCAUCAACGACAAGGUGGCGAAGCUGCCUCUGAACCUCUCUCGAGGCAGCUGGCAGCACGUCUGUGUGAGCUGGACCCAGAAAGGUGGAGCAUGGCAGGCCUACCAGGGGGGAAAGCUGAGGGGCGAGGGCCACGGAUUGGCCCCGGGACACCACAUCCGGCCUGGGGGAGAGCUGGUCCUCGGCCAAGAGCAGGAUUUCCUGGGAGGCGGUUUCGAUUCGACCCAGGCCUUCGUCGGAGAGCUGUCCCAGGUGGGCCUGUGGGAUCGGGUCCUGUCGUCCGCCCAGGUCGCCAGCCUGGCUCGGUGCAGCAGAGUAACUCAGGGUGCCGUGGUCCUCUGGAGUGAAAACAAGGUGCAGGUUUACGGCGGAGCCACCAAAGACCCCGGGGAGCCUUGCAGUAAACACAGCAAAAGCUCCCAGUGACCGGUGGAGAGAGGACCGUGGAAAAGAUUAAAUUCACCAACUAACGCUGAUUCAGAAUGUCAGAAAAACCAUGAAUAGCAAGGUGACAUAAGAGAGUCAUAAUCUUAGCAACUUUUCUGGGGUAUUUCUGAAGGUGAAACGGUGCGCUGCAACACCACACAUUACUUACACAUAAAUGCAGCUGGAACAUUAGUUACUGUGCAUCAGAAAAUGUUUAAGCUCAGCUUUGCUUAGUUCGAAGUGAAAACAGGAAGAUGAUUUCAGAUUCCCAGCAACCCUCCUGACAAUUUGAU